GAAAGCGUGGUGGACUCGAGGGAGGACAGCGGACGGGAGGAAGACAGUCGCGAGGGGUGCACCCGGGACCCAGAGGACAGCGGCUGAGGAGCUCUGCCGGGAAGGACAGCUGACUGCGGGACCUAAAGUGAUUGCUACAAUGGAAGGAAUUAAUGAUUUCAAGACACCAAACAAAUUGUCUGAAAAAAGGAAAUCUGUAUUAUGUUCGACUCCAUAUGUAAAUAUCCCUGCCUCUCCAUUCAUGCAGAAGCUCGGCUUCGGGACUGGGGUCAACGUGUACCUAAUGAAAAGAUCUCCAAGAGGGUUGUCUCAUUCUCCUUGGGCUGUGAAAAAGAUCAAUCCUAUCUGUAAUGAUCAUUACCGAAGUGUGUAUCAGAAGAGACUGACUGAUGAAGCUAAGAUUUUAAAAAACCUUCAUCAUCCAAACAUCAUAGGGUAUCGUGCCUUUACUGAAGCCAGUGAUGGCAGUCUGUGCCUCGCUAUGGAGUAUGGAGGCGAGAAGUCUCUGAAUGACUUAAUAGAAGAGCGCAACAAAGACAGCGGGCGCCCCUUUCCAGCCGCUGUCAUUCUCAAAGUUGCUCUGCACAUGGCAAGAGGGCUGAAGUAUCUGCAUCAAGAAAAGAAGCUGCUUCAUGGAGACAUAAAGUCUUCAAAUGUUGUAAUUAAAGGUGAUUUUGAAACAAUUAAAAUCUGUGAUGUAGGAGUCUCUCUGCCAUUGGAUGAAAAUAUGACUGUGACUGAUCCUGACGCCUGUUAUAUUGGUACUGAACCAUGGAAACCCAAAGAAGCGUUGGAGGAAAAUGGCAUUAUUACUGACAAAGCAGAUGUGUUUGCUUUUGGCCUUACUCUGUGGGAAAUGAUGACUUUAUGUAUUCCACACAUCAAUCUUCCAGAUGAUGAUGAUGAAGAUACAACCUUUGAUGAGAGUGAUUUCGAUGAUGAAGCGUACUAUGCCGCUCUGGGGACCAGGCCAUCCAUCAACAUGGAGGAGCUGGAUGAAUCCUACCAGAAAGUCAUUGAACUCUUCUCUGUGUGCACUAAUGAGGACCCUAAAGAUCGUCCUUCUGCUGCACACAUCGUUGAUGCCUUGGAACUGGAUGUCCAAUGAUGCUGUUUGUGGUGGUCUAAACAUGAAGCAUAG